CAAGGCAAACUUGCGUUAUUUCGUGCCGUGAUCUUGAAUUUAAAAAAUAUUUAUGUCAAAGUUUUUGAAAUCGAUCAAUACUUGUUGAAUUUGUUUUUCUUUUGUAAUUUUCUCAAUAAAGUGGGACUUUUACGAUGAUUUUCCUAAAUCUACUUCUCAUACACAUGCUAAACGCGGCCGCUGAGAAGACUGCGCUCGAUGGGUACUGCGAUGCAGCUUCAGAGACCUGUAACAACGAAAUAACACCAAACGAAGAUCACAAGUUGAUUUUCUAUGAUGUAAACCCUCCUGAGGGUUUCAAUUUGCGACGGGAUGUGUACAUGAGGUUUGCUAUAAUGCUGGCUGAAGCCCAAAAGCGCGGGAAAACGGAUUGGCGCUUAGUUCUGACGCCGUGGAAUAAAUUGUACCAUUGGAAAAACAAUGACAAACCAGUGCCUUGGCGCUCCUUUUUUGAUGUAGAAUCUCUAAAAUCCUACGCCCCAGUGCUUGAACUGAGCGAGGUAGUCGACGAAUCUGCGAAACCGAUAGAUAUCGACACACUGUACGUUUUACAAAACUUUGAUAACCCGUUUGAAAAUGGAGUUUUUGAAGAGAAAUGGCAGCUUGUACCUAAAGAGGAAUGCGAUAAAAACUAUGAUAAUAUCUCAGCGAAGGAAGUCAUAUGUGUACGGUUCCAAGGAAAGAUAUCGAAGUUGUGGGAACUCAUAAAUUUACAUCCGAACGAUAAAAAAGUCAUGUUCAUGCACGGAGAAAUACCUUUACAUGACAAUUAUGGGACGAAAGCGUACUGGGACUGCCGUAAAAGCAUGAAGUUCAACAAAACACUGGUAAAGAAAGCAAAGAAAUUUAUUAAGGAGAAGCUGGGUUGUGACGAAGAAAAGUGUAACAACUACAUAGCAAUCCACUGGAGACGUUUGGACUUUGCCACAAGCAGACCUAAUGACGUCCCUUCGAUUGAUGGCACUGUAAAACAAAUAAAGGAUGCAUUUGAAAAAAUGCCUGGAAUCAAGAAAAUUUUCAUCUCAACUGACGCUUCAGCUUCUGAAGUGAAAAUAUUGAAAAGCAAACUCAAAGAAGCUGGUUUUAAAGUCUAUGUUUAUGAUCCAUCUGCGUCAGACUUGGAGAAGUACAAUGACGGUGGCAUAGCUAUAAUCGAUCAGAUAAUUUGUUCGCACGCUGCACAUUUCAUUGGGACCCACGAAAGCACGUUUACAUUCCGUAUUCAAGAGGAGAGAGAGAUAUUAGGCUUCGACAGUUCUACGACUUUUAACAGACUCUGCCCGGAUGUUGGGGCUUGUGAUCCGCCUAGUAUAUGGAAAAUAAUUAAUUGAAAAGACCACUCGUAACUUGAUGACUCCAUUUGAACGUUUUAAAACAUCUUGUUGUGUAACUUGACCAAUUUGCGAAGAAUUUAACUUUGAUUUAGCAGUAAUCACGUUUGUAGAUCUACUUUCUGCUCAUUUACGACUAAAAUAAUUCUACUUAUUCAAACACUGUUUUGUCUCUUUCCAUCACAGAGAAAUGAACAUUGAUGGAAAAUGAUAGAGCAUGAAUUAGCUGAAAUAGUGUAUAGUUUUAAAAAUAAUUAUCUAUGAUAAUAUUAUGUAUUAGACAAUAUUUAAUUUAAGUACCUAUUAAAACUUGCAUUUACUCACUCUAAGAUUUAAUUUGUAGGCAUUUAAAAUGUAUUUGUAAAGGUAGUAAGUAGUUAAGUGUAUUAAAAUGUUAUAUUGUUACUUAAAUG